AUGGCCGAGAUUCAUGGACCGUCGUCGACGGGCGCUGCGGGUGAAAGCCGCGGAGGUACUGCUACUGGAGUGAUCAGCGACUCAGAGCUCCAACAAAACCAGUUAGAGGUUCGGCAGGACCCUGCGUUGCUUUCGAAUUCAUCCACGGCCAUUCUGACGAUGCCCGUCCACCUUGGGGGCCCUUUGCUACAGGUUGUCUUCUACCCAGAUUCCACCCAUCGCCGCAAAUCCUCCCUCGUCACCAUGGAAAAACCGCGCGUGAGACCGCACUUUGACCAGCACGACAAGACCACAGCGUGCUACGUGCAUUCGCUCAUUGCCGGUGAAUGGGUCACACCCCCGACGACCCAUAUCGAAGAGACGCAGGACGUGAUUCGAACACUCAGUGAUGAAGAGCCCAACCUCGAUUCCGAAUCUCAUGACGAGAACGAUGUGGUCUCGGUGCUUGACAGUGAUACCAAGAUACUCAAACCUGUGCCGACGGUCGUCCAGUCGAGGCAUCUGACCAAACGGCAACUCAGCGACAUGGCCUGGAACGUGCGCAAGCUGUCCAAAAAACUGGGCAGCAUCAAGCUCAAGUUGACCGUCAAAAAUGUCUUCAUCGUCAGCAAAGCACAUGAUGAGUCCCUGGUCAGCCUCACACGGAAGGUGACGCGAUGGCUAUUGUCAAAGGAUCGCGAUGCGUCAUAUAACGUCUACGUCGAACGGCGCUUGGAGACACAUCCCGAUUUUGGCGCUCUACAACUCAUUCAAGAAGAGCCGACGGCCAAAGAUCGAUUGAUAUACUGGGAUCCCAAGCUUGCGCAGGAGCAACCACAUCUGUUUGACUUUGUCGUCACUCUAGGUGGGGAUGGCACCGUGCUUUAUACGAGCUGGCUCUUCCAGCGUAUUGUACCUCCCGUUCUCUCCUUCUCACUGGGCUCUUUAGGAUUCAUGACCAAGUUUGACUUUGCCGACUACCAGAAGAUUCUUGAAAGCUCAUUCAGAGAAGGCGUCGUGGUCAGUCUUAGACUACGAUUUGAAUGCACCAUCAUGAGAUCCAAAGCGCGCUUGAGGAACAGUGACGCCAAAUCUCUCGCUAGUCGGGACCUGGUGGAAGAAAUCAUCGGGGAAGAAGGGGAGGACACAUUGACUCAUACCCCGGAUCGAGUGUAUGAGAUUCUGAACGACGUUGUUGUAGACCGUGGUCCAAAUCCAACAAUGUCACAAAUUGAAUUGUUCGGUGACGAUGAGCAUUUCACGACUCUGCUUGCAGAUGGAAUUUGUGUUGCCACUCCGACGGGAUCCACAGCGUAUAAUCUUGCAGCCGGUGGCUCGCUUUCCCACCCUGAAAACCCCGUCAUUCUGGUGACCGCCAUCUGUGCCCACACACUCUCAUUCCGUCCGAUCAUUCUGCCUGACACAAUUGUCCUGCGCAUGGGUGUACCAUACGAUGCUCGAACCAGCUCAUGGGCUAGUUUUGAUGGAAGGGAAAGAGUUGAACUGCAUCCCGGUGACUAUGUAACCGUGUCGGCGUCAAGAUAUCCAUUUGCCAAUGUGUUGCCGCAAAAUCGGCGCGGCGAGGAUUGGGUACACAGUAUCUCCAAGACAUUGAAUUGGAACUCGCGAACCAAGCAAAAGGCUUUCAAGUAG